UUUCCCGAUAACCAAACGAAAAAACUAGAUCCGAUAAUUUCCGUAGUAAUUUUGCGAGAGAGGGGAAAAAAACCAAAAAAAGAAGAAGAAGAGGAAGACUGUGUUUUUGCGGAGAAAAUCCAGCAACAAUGGGAGCAUCUACAUCUACGGAGCAGAAGGUUCCGAUGGAACAACGAGAGGCAGAAAACUUAGCAGCAUCUUCCGGAGCUCUCCCGCUCCUUCACAAAGCUUUUUCCAAGCUCGCCGAUCCUCAUUCUAACGCAAUUCCUAUCCAAUCUCUCCAGCGAUGCCUCUGCAUGACGUAUAACAACCCAAAUUGUGAAACAUCAUCAGUGUCCGAUUCCUUUAUUGGAUUGUUGGAUCAUGUUGGUCCAUCCAUUGUGGACCUAUUUUUCGUGGCAGAGAAAGGAGGAGUGCGUUGGGUUGAGUUUGUAAAAGGUUAUAACAAGUGCUGUGGAAGGAUAUCUUCCUCAGUGUCGUUAAAUAUCUUGUUCAGAGUAUUUAUUAUAGCUGCAAAGAAAGCCGGUUUUCCUGUGAACUUGGAUUUUGAAUUUGAAGAUGAUGAUUGUAAGAUAAAUGGAUCUCUUCUGCCCAAAGAUGUGCUUGUGCUGCUUUGGAUGUGUUGGACCAUGUCAUGGGAUUUUAAAGUUUUGAAAUUUUCCAGAGGAAAUACAAAUCUGUUUUUGCCCGAUGUUAGUCAUCUGGUUUUAUCGGCUGUUACAUCAUGUGCUGAAGUUGGUAGUGGUUUGGAUGUGUGGAACUGUGAUAUUUCGAGCUUGGAAAUUCAACUUCCUGUGGGAAAGUUUCUUACUUGGGCCUUGCAAACGUUGCCAAGCCUCCCAGAUUGCUUUAUGCAAUUUGUAUAUUCCAGACUCCAGAGUUCUGUUGCUGAAGAGGAUAAAUUGGAAUCCUCAAGUUCAUCGACACCAGUAAUUUCCUCGCCUAAGGCUAGGAGUUCCAAUCUUCUAACCUGUGGAAUUGCAUGGGCAAUUUCUCUUACCAUAAGAAGUGCAGUAAGUGAAGAACUGUUGAGAACAUACUUUGUGAUCGAUGCUGGUGAAAAAGAUGAAAACCUCCUUUAUAAGUCAUCUCUUCACGGGAGAGGAUUGAACAGAUUCUGGUCUAACAUUGCAGGUUACCAAGGUGCAUCUGUUAUUUUGAUAUCCGCAACUACAAGAGAUACCGAUGAGGGUAGUAGUAAUGAAAGGAAAUGGAUAAUAGGAGCUCUUACACAGCAGGGUUUUGAAAAUAAGGAUAUGUUUUAUGGAAGUUCAGGGAACUUAUAUUCUAUAAGUCCUGUCUUUCAUGUAUAUUCAUCCACUGGAAAGGAAAAGAACUGUGUCUAUAGCCACUUGCAUCCUACUGGUAGAUUAUAUGAGCCACAUCCAAAGCCUGUGGGUAUCGCAUUUGGUGGAACGCUGGGAAAUGAAAGAAUAUUUAUCGAUGAAGAUUUUGCUAGAGUUACUGUUCGUCAUCACGCAGUUGACAAAACUUACCAGCAUGGUUCCCUCUUCCCAGAUCAGGGGUUCCUGCCUGUCGAAGCGUUGAUUUUAGAAGUAGAAGUUUGGGGACUUGGUGGGAGCAGAGCCAAGGAAGUGCAAGAUAUGUAUAAGAAGAGAGAAGACCUUUUCACAGAGCAAAGACGAAGGGUUGACUUGAAAACAUUUGCGAAUUGGGAAGAUUCACCUGAGAAGUUGAUGAUGGACAUGGUCUCUGAUCCUAAUGCAGUUCGACGAGAAGACCGUUGAGUUAAGCGAGCUAUAAAGAAGAAAUGUUUGUUUGUUUUUUUUUUUUUUUUUUUUUUUGAAUGAGAGGUCAAUUUGAGAAAUGACUUCCGUAUCACUUUGUAUAUAUGAGACAAACCCAGAAGGGUGAUAACCCUCAGGUGUUGUCGAUAUUUUAAAGUUGUGUUCUAUAUAAAUAGUAUGAUGUAUAUAUAUAUAUAUAUAUAUAUAUAUAUAUAUU